AUGGCUGAAGUGGAGGAGCAUGUUGAACUUAAAUUCAGAAUCUAUGAUGGAACAGAUAUAGGUCAUGGCACGUAUGCAUCAUCUACUACUGUUGCCACUAUUAAACAAAGGCUUGUUGCUGAGUGGCCUCAAGAUAAGUCCGUUAUGCCUAAGAUUGUAAGUGAUUUGAAGCUUAUACACGCUGGAAAGUUUUUGGAAAAUAGCACGACACUUGCUGAGUCCAGAGUGCAUGUUGGUGACGAUCCUGGAGGCGUAAUUACAAUGCAUGUGGUGGUACAGCCUCCUGUUGCUAAUAAAAAGACAGACAAGGAUCAGGAUGAGAUGCGAAAGAACAAUUGGUGCUCUUGUACUAUACUGUAG